GUUCUUCUUGAGGGUGUUGUUACAGGACAUGAGUUAACAGUUGUAAUCUAAUUGUUUCAGUCCAGAUAUAUAUAGAUGCUAUUUUAUUAUGCUUACUGUAAUUAUCAGCUCCUCCAAGUUACCUGUCACCCAAAAAGGUUAUCUUUCCUUGCUCUAUCCUAUCUGAUUGUGUUAUGAUUAUGUUUUACAUUGAAAUUGUAAGUGGACAAAACGUGGUCAUGAUCAGUAUCGGAUUUGGAGGUUUUGCAUAACUUAAUUUUACCUAAAGUUGUACCUGGUUCAUAGAAUGAGACUUGUGUAACGUCUUCUUUCGCAGAUCAUGAAUAUAAAACUUGAAGAUUUUGCAGAUACACAUGAAGAGGAGGAUCCUCUAGGAGAACUUCCAUUAAUAAAGUCUGAACAUGAGGACUCCAUCAAUUUACAGAAAGGUAUACCUGAUUCUUAUGGUGAAACGUGUCUCGAGUCUUCUUAUGAAGACAAUCAAAUCGUCGAUAUCAAAGUUGACGAUGUCGGAGGUGUGAUAGAGGAGGAGGAUCCUCUCUUGAUAACAUCUCCAGCAAUAAAGGCGGAGCUUGAGGUCAGUUGUGUGAGCAUUGUUUAUUCACAUUGCAUCUCCAGUUGUCUGUCCACAUGAAGGAAUUCCGCUCUGAUGAAUGGAUUUUGAAGUGUCCUUUGCAAAAUGGUGCCAGAGGACUGAAUUUUAUUGCUCAGUGUUUGUGAAAUACCAUUUUAAUUAUGUGUUGCAUCAGUUUUAAAACAUGUGAAAUUAAACAUUGACCAAAGUGAGAAAUAUUUUACACAAAUGUAUCCCGUAAAUCUUGUAUAAUUCGUGGGCUUUGUAUUCAAAAUACUGCAUGCUAUUGAAUUUCUUAUACAAUUCACAGGAACUAUGAAUGUUCUAAGAUUAUCUUUUAUUUCUUUUGUAAGUUGAUGCAAAUUGUACCCAUAUAUUAGAACAGUGUUGUCACUUCUGUUAAGUAUCAUUAACUCUUUCCAUAUUGAAAGCUAAAAUUGAGUGUGUAAUAAUAACCUUUGUUCAGGAGAUAAAUUUGCAGCCAUGGAGACUUUUAAUUAAGGGACAAUUUGUGUCAUAGCAUAUUCUGCCUUGUUUUUGAAUUUGUUUCUGUAGACCCAAAUAUUCUCCUUUGCUGUAUUGGUUUGGCACAUAUUUAAU